AUGAAUGGGCAUUUUGAUGGAACGGACCUGCUAACAAUUAAUAUAUCACAGUUGGGUUCAGACAAGCAGUGUGCAAUAUCACCUCAUAGUAGUGGUUCUCUCCCUAGCGCAGACACUUUGUUGAGAGAGGGAAAUGCAGAAAAUCGUAGUGAAUUGGGAUUGAUUGAACAAGGACCGUGUGAGCAAGCUUUAGAUGAUUAUGUGGAUGGUGAUGCAAAAACGAAGGGUACUGAAUUAUCGUUACCUAGUGAGUAUUUGAAAUCUGACAACCAUCGCGAUUUUGAAAAGAUUGAUUCCGCCUUUACGCUACAACAUCGUUCCUUAUGGUCAAGAGAAAAAGGCAGUUUACUUAAAAUCGAUGAAUCUCAAGCUGCUCCAUCUUCUUAUGAAUUUAAUCAAGAUGAAAUAUGUUCUCAAGCUUUAUUAGAAAGUGGUUAUGGAAUAAGUGAGUUAAAAGAAGCGGAAAUUCGUCGUGCCAGAUGUCCUCGUGCUGGAAUACAGCCAGAAAUAUUUACUCCGCAGCAAAUAUUCCAAAAAUCUAGUUCAGAGAAGCGAAAGCAGAAAAGUCGAAGACGUGGAAAAGGUUUGCGUGCAGAAUCUAUUUUAACUCACUUAUAUCAACCCGAAGAUGUGUACGAAUUCCGCAGUAGCCCAGAUUCCGAUAUAAAUAUAAAUAGUAGCGCGGUACAUAAUAUGGCCUUUGGUCAUUUGUAUAUGAGAAGAAGUGCGCAUGUUGUUGGGGAAGAGAGAAGUAGAAAGGGGACAGUUGAAGGAAUUAAUUUUUUUGAACGUCUUCUAAAGAAAAAAUUCAUGCAUCGAGAUACAGAUUGUUAG